AUGAGAGACUCUGGGAACGAGGUUGCUUACUUCACAGCUCCCAGGUCCUACUACGCCACACGGGUUUUCACCACGACACAUUACAAGGAUUUACCCAAGUUACACCCUCGCAAGGCUCACAAACUUAACCAGGUGAAUGAAAUGAGGAACUGGAGAGCAAUGUAUGGCCAGAGCAUCCCCCAGAAAACAGUGCGAAACAUGACAACUAAGGACAAUCUAGGAACUCCGCCUAACAUCUGUACGCAGCCAACUCUCCGACUGCACAGCCUCCAGUCAGAUUUCACUGUGCUGAGUGAAGCAGCAGCGGUUUCAGUACCAAAUAGGGAAACAACAGAGACUUUGUAUAUUAUUCAAGCCAGAUUGUCUUUGUUAAAGUUGAUUCCAGUGAUUCUCAUCAACUAUAAGGGAAGUAGAGGCAACAUCCUUGAAGGACAACACAUCCCCUUGGAUAUUGAAAAGAACGCUGGUGUUAUUGCAGUAUGGCAAGAGACUGAAAAGGAACCUAAGUUAUUGCCUUCACGUGGUUUUAUGAGUGAAACAGAAGCUGAAACAAAGCCAAUGCUAAGUGCUUUAGGUGUUGACCUUUCACCUGGGGAGCCCCAAAAAGUUAGAGAGUUGCUGCCAACACCGGAGUUCCCCAGACCUCAAAAGCCUACAAAAGAAACUAAAGAGGGCACAAAAUAUAAUGAAAGUUCUUCUAUUAAUUCCCAAGACAUCGAGGAAGACUAUGAAAUCGAUCUAAAAAGGCUUGAAGUCCGAGAUGAAGUGCUAGGCGAAGGGGAAUUUGGGAUUGUCUAUAAAGGACGCUAUCAUUGUAAGGAUACGAAAGCCAUUGAUGUAGCAGUGAAACAGUUGAAAGACACAGCUGGUAUGGCAAAAAAAGUUGCUCUAGUCAGUGAAAUACAGAUGUUGAAACGGGUUGGACGGCAUCCUAAUAUAGUCAACUUAGUUGGCGCGUGCACCCAGGGUGAAAAUAUUCUUCUGGUCACUGAUUUGAUUCCUGGAGGAACUCUUGAAAGUUUGUUGACAUCCAAGCCUGCCCCUAGUGAGCACGGCGAGUACGAAAAUGUCAAAUGUGCGCUGAAUGAUCGGGAGCUGAUAAAAAUUGCUCUGCAGAUCGCCUCAGGAAUGCAGCACUUGGAAAGCAAGAAGUGUAUUCAUGGCGACUUAGCAGCAAGAAAUGUCUUCAUUGACGAAAAUAAAGUUGCCAAACUUGGAGACUUUGGAUUGGCAAGAGAUAUCUCAGAUCGUGGCAUAUACAACAAGACGUCCAAUAAAGCGUAUGAGAAUGUGCAACAUGAUGACAUCACGGAUGACUCAGACACCUUCUAA